UGUGUCCAGGCUGCACAGCUGAAGCAUUUACCUGUCUAGGUAAGUCAGGAGGAGGUCAAAAGAAGAAAACAGUAGGAGUGGCGGCGGAGAGGCAAGCCGUCUCCAUCUCUGCCCUUUGGAAUAGAAGAGAAUUCCUUUCUUCUCUUCAGACCCCAACCGAGAGAAGGCCCGGCUUGGGACAUAAUCUUCACUUCCAUUCACUUCCCCUCUGGGGGCCCCUCUCACCAUCCCUGCCUGCGCCUUGCUCCAGGCGAUGCCCAAGAAGGAGCUUUGGCCAGCAGGGCCUUGCUCAGAACCUGUGACCCACAUCGGCAGCUGUGACCCCAUGAUGAGCACCACCUCCACCCACUCUGGAUCUGGUGACAACAGCUACGACUUCCUGUCUGCUGAAGAGAAGGAGUGUCUGCUCUUCCUGGAGAAGACCAUUGGCUCCCUGGAGGCCGAGGCUGACAGUGGACUGUCCACAGACGAGUCAGAGCCAGCCACCAGCCCUCAGAGCUUCAGAACACCACCCCUCACCCAGCAGACUCCCCAGGGAAACCCAGAGGAGAUAGACUCUCAGCACGUGCCUGCACCAGUGAGAGUAUCCCAGUUCUCCGGUCCUCCUGAGUCUCCUAGUCUGGGCCUCAGGUCUGGUUCCUACAGUCUUCCCAGAAACCUCCACCUUGGCAGAAGCCAGAACCUCAGGGAAAGCACUACCCAGACUAAUAGCCACGUAUCUGAAACAUCUGAGGUGUUCUUAGCAGAGCCUGAGAAAGGGCAGACCAGCCAGGACUCUAAGCCCAUCCAGCCACCGGCCCCAUCUCAGGACACUGCCCUUGACCUGAACACAGUUCUCAUUCCGCCACCGGAGGCUUUUCAAGACAGUAGGCCAAAGCAAAGUGGGGAAGAGAGCCCACCUAAAGAGCCAGGGGAGAAGAGACACACACCACAGGCCCAUACUGUGGUCAGCUCCCAGAAGAAAGAGGAAGCAUCUUCAGAAACUAUGUCCCAUAAAGCCGCCGAGCAAGGUUGGACAGAAGGUUCACAACAACCACAGCAGCCCCCUGACAAGUCAUCUCAGAACACAAGAGCUGAAGAGGCUCCCCUACCAUCGGGGGUCAAGCCAAGUCUCCAACAGGCUCCCCCCACAACCUCAAAGCCCCGUAGGCUGCCUCCUAAUAUCGUAUUGAAGAGCAGCCGAAGCAGUUUCCACAGCCAUCCCCAGAACUGGCUGUCAAAUCACAGCGAGGCUACAGACUCUGGGCCUGACCCUUCUUCCCUGCAGGAACAAAAGAAAGCCCGCAGAGAAGCUCUGGAAAAGCUAGGGUUGCCCCAGGACCAAGAUGAUCCCAGCCUUCUUAUAAAUAAGCGUACCACUUCCCUUAAAGUCAAGGCAGCUCAGGCUCAGAGCCCUGCCCAGGCCCAGGCCACGAUUCAGCAAGCAUCUCCAGCUCUGGUUCCAGGGGCUGCUUCUGCUGCAAGGAAAGCUUCCCCAGUGAAGGCUGUCACUCCUGUGGCCUCUUCAGGCAAGAGCUGGAUUCCUGCCCAGGAAACCCCUCCAGGGAAGUUGGCAGCUGCCAAAUCUAUGCCGAUUCCUAUCCCUAAAGCUUCAAAGGGAAGCAGUUCCCUGACACAGCCCAAGCCUGAUCCACGACUGACCCUCCAGGAGAGUAGCAUCCCUGGCCUGAGACAGAUAAACUUCAAGUCCAAUACCCUGGAGCGCUCAGGCGUGGGGUUGAGCAGCUAUCUCUCGGCAGCUGAGAAAGACUCCAAAUGCCGAACCAGUACAUCUCUGGGAAAGAGCCCCGUCUUGGACAAGGUUUCACCUAGUGUCUUGCGUAAUUCCCGGCCCCGGCCCGCCUCCUUGGGCAUGGGAAAGGACUUUGUAGAAAUCAAGGGGGCCAAGUUGGUCGGCCUGGAGCAGAGCCAGCAUUCCCAGCAGCUGGCCUUCCAAGGACAGAGCCGUGACAAGCUUCCUCGACCUCCCUGCGUCAGUGUCAAGAUAUCCCCAAAGGACAUUCCUGAUGGACACAGGAGGGAGGCCCUAAAGAAGCUGGGACUGCUGAAGGAGUAGCUAGGCCACCUGCCUAGCCAGCACCAAGCCACCAGAAGAGACUGGCUCUACCUAGAGCCUUUGUGGCCUCACAGCUCAGGGCUGCCGUCUUCCCUGUCUGAGGUGAAGAAGGAAGAGGCUUGAGUCCAAGCGUGUGUUUGUACUCAAAGCAGUUGCGCUAUUGAGUACUUGCAUAGAUCAUUCUAAAGAUGUGUCUCCCGGGAGUGGGAGGGAGGAGGAGGAGAGAGAGAGAGAGACCUUACUUAUCACUGAUCCUAUGUAACACAAGAAGUCACUGUUCAGAGCUCUGUUCCUGGUUGAGAUUUCACAGGCAUAAAGUUCAGCCUGUCCAGAACUGAGCGGAGCAGAGUGGCCAAACAGGAGAAGAGCAGUCGAAUGAGACAAAGGAGGUAGAAAACUUAGAAAGAUGAACAGCAUCGCACACGUGACUACGGUCACAUCAGCUGUGGGAUGAGUUUCUGCAGUAAUGGAGACUCGCUCAAGUCUUCCAUGCCUCUCUCUCGGGGAAAUGGCCCGAGGCCAAGGGGAGCUGCUCCGGUAUCUCUUUCCCCACUGCCUUUCCCUGUCGUUUCUUGCAGUGUGGGCUACAUCCCUGUCUCUACAUCUCAUAGUUCACUGAUAGCAGGGCACUCCCUGGUCUGAGAAAGCCGAGUAAUGGCCACGCCACACCCGCGUCCAUUUCUACCUGGAAGAAACCAUGUCAUAGGCUUGAAGCAUAUCAUAAUAAACUGUGCCGUGGCCUGUGUUCUUCCUGC